CGCUGCAGACACUCUAUCUUACAGUGGUAUCACAAAGCUGUAACCAGUCUGCAGACCUGUGAAAUCGAAUACAGAACGACGCGUUCCUCACUGAAGUGGGACACAGUAGUAUGUGAGAUGAUGAUCUGUAUUCUGUUACUCUGGUCUGGGACUCCAUGUGUUGGGGACUGGCGCUUCCUGCGUUGCUGUGAAUGUGAAAAUGGCCUCUCUGGCCAGCAAGGAUUCCUUCUUCCAGAGUCUGGGCAGGAAAGUGUGCGCUCAGCAGAGUACAGAGCCACGGAAAUGGAAAAACGCAUUUAAUGGCGAUGACUCAGAGGAACGCAGCGGUCCCAAGAAAAAGAGGAAAAAAAAGCCGCGGAAGCUACGAAAUAACCGAGGGGCACAGGAGAGUCCCAGGAUACUGCCCCCAAUUAUCCCAAAGCCACACAGUAAAGAGGCAGCUCAGACCUCCUUCUCCACCGUUGAUAUUUUAAGGAAACGGCUCCAUGAGAAGAUUGAGGAGUCUCGUGGUCAGGUUUCCAACAAAUCUCUUUCUGCUGAAGAGAUAGAGAAAAGACGGCACAAAAGAAAGCAGGAGAGAGAGAGGAAGAAGAGGAAGAGAAAGGAGCUGAAGAUGAAGGCUGCACGUGCAACAGAAGAAGGGGAAGCCCCCAAAACGGAGGAGAUUGUAGAAGAAGUUAAAGAGGAGAAGGUCCAAGCACCACUGGUCUUCAACAAAGUGGAAGUUCACGAUGAACCUCUCCACAAAGUCCUGCGGAAAAAGGAGAAGAAGGGGGCGGUGAAAGGAAACAUUACGCCCAUGACGGGCAAGAAUUACAAACAGCUACUGAGCCGCCUGGAACUGCGCAAGAGCAAAAUCGAAGAGCUGAGGGCCAAAGACCAGGAGAAAGCCAAGGAAUUUGAGUCCAAAAUCAAAUGGACAAAUGUGUUGUACAAGGCUGAGGGGCUGAAAAUCAAAGACGACGAGGGGAUGCUGAAAACUGCGCUAAAGAGGAAAGAGAAGCAGCGGGAGCAAAGAAAGAAGCGCUGGGACAACCGCACGGAGCAGACGGCAGAGAGGAUGCAACAGAGGCAGGAGAAGAGGACUCGCAACAUCAAGAAGAAGAAAAUGAACAAGCUGGAAAAGAAGAAGAACCUUGCGCGGAAGAGGGGCCGCGUCAUGCCCGAAGACCUGGCCAAAGCGAAUUUUAAGUGAACUGUGACUCUUGUUUUAUAAUGAGCUACCUAUCCGUGUGCAAAGAAAGUCCGCACUAUACCGUAAUAUACACGGCCAGUGCCAUUGUCCUAUUCCUGGAUCUAAAAGACAGCUUCAUGCUGGACAUUUGGAAUUGAUAUAAAAGACAGUGACCAAGAUCUGUUACUGUUAUACAUAGAUAUAAUAUAGCCUUCUCUAUCGGCAACGCUAUAUUUUAGAGACAUGUGACUAAGAUGAAAUGUCGUUGAGUAAGUGGCUUCCUUUUAGAGCAGUGGGAGUCAUUCCGAGUUGAUCGCUCGCUAGCUAGUUUUAGCAGCCGUGCAAACGCUAUGCCGCCGCCCACUGGGGAGUGUAUUUUAGCUUAGCAGAAGUGCGAACGCAUGUGCAGCCGAGCUCUGCAAAAACAGUUUGUGCAGUUUCAGAGUAGCUCUGAACCUACUUGGCGCUUGCGAUCACUUCAGCCUAUUCGUUUCCGUAUUUGACGUCAUACACCCGCCCAGCCACGCCUGCGUUUUUUCAGACACGCCUGCGUUUUUGCAAACACUCCCUGAAAACGGUCAGUUGACACCCAGAAACGCCCCCUUCCUGUCAAUCUUCUUGCGGCCGUCAGUGCGAAUAAAAACUUCGCUAGAACCUGAGCACAACCACAAAGGGCUUUGUACCCGUACGUCGUGCGUGCGCAUUGCGGGGCAUACGCAUGCGCAUAAAUGCCAUUUUUUCACCUGAUUGCUGCGAAAAAUCGUCAGCGAGCGAUCAACUCGGAAUGACCCCCAGUGUUGGAAAAUGUGAGUUUACUGUGACAAGUCGAAUAUAAAUAAAACAUUUAAUGACUUUAACAGUGCGAUGUUCUGCAGACGCUAAUCUGAAAUGUCAGGUCUCGGUAAAUGUAAUAUAGACAGAUUGAUAAAGUAGAUAAACAACGGCCCCUUUACACUUCACAAGGAUUAUUCUAUAACAUUUUACAAAUACCGCAAGCAUAUGCAGUAUCAACUAAUACGGUUUCAGCUCUCAUUAACCCUGCUUACUAGCCUGACCAAAGCAGCAGUCUUAUUGGUUGCUUUGUUGAUGACCUCAGAUGAGUUGUAUUUUUAACGUCACUCUCUGUUCAGCAAAUUUCUCUUUUGUUACCAAAUAUAGAAACCGUGUGUUUCAUUGUAUACGCUGUGACUCCAUUAUGCCUCCAGUCUCACGGUGCCUCCCCUCUACCACUGUUUGGACUUGUUCCCCAAAUAAACAAUUAUUUUACAUGACUUCA